AUGUAUGGUCGCAUAAUCUCUCCAUGGGCCCGGUUUACGCUACCGGGAACCGGUAUUCGGCUGCCGGCGUCUACAAAUGCGAGAUGUUUCGAGCCAGGGAAGAGAUACUUCUCUCGCAAUUCGUUUUUAGGACAAAAUGCCUCCGCACCGUUUAAUACGCCUCAAGCCCAGAAGCGGAAUGCGUCCACACUGUACUAUACUGCGAGUCUUAUUCUCGGAACGGUUGCACUCGCAUACGGCUCCGUCCCUCUAUAUAAAAUGAUUUGCCAACAGACUGGCUGGGGUGGCCAGCCCAUCCUCACUCAUCGCGGAGGAGACGCCGAUACUGCAUCUCGUGUGACGCCAGUAACAGACGCUCGUCGACUCCGGAUUACGUUCAAUGGCUCAGUCUCCGAUGUCUUGCCGUGGAAGUUCACGCCUCAACAGCGCGAGGUCCGGGUGCUACCUGGUGAAACGGCGCUUGCCUUCUAUACCGCGACGAACAAAGGUCCUUCGGAUAUCAUUGGUGUUGCCACAUACAGCGUCACGCCGGGCCAGGUUGCCCCGUACUUCAGUAAGAUCCAAUGUUUCUGCUUUGAAGAGCAGAAAUUGAAUGCUGGCGAAUCUGUCGACAUGCCUGUUUUCUUCUACAUUGAUCCGGACUUCACGAAAGAUCCACAAAUGAAGGGCAUUGACACCAUCACACUCUCAUACACCUUCUUCAUAGACAGGCUGCGACCACGCUCGCUCGACGCCCUGUCAUACCACCAUGAACUCUCCGCGCGGUUGAAGUCACUGGCACAAAGUGGAGAUUUCCCCCAUCUACUCAUGUACGGACCAUCGGGCGCAGGCAAAAAAACCCGGACAAUUGCAACACUAAAAGAACUGUACGGUGCGGGUGUGGAGAAGAUCAAAAUCGAUGCCCGAGUCUUCCAGACGACGAGUAACCGGAAGCUUGAAUUUAACAUUGUAUCAUCUGUAUACCAUCUGGAGAUCACACCUUCAGAUGUCGGAAACUACGAUCGUGUCGUCGUACAGGAGCUGCUCAAAGAAAUUGCGCAAACACAGCAGGUCGACCUCUCCGCAAAGCAAAGGUUCAAGGUUGUCGUUAUCAAUGAAGCAGACCAUCUGAGCCGUGACGCCCAGGCAGCUCUGAGACGCACUAUGGAGAAAUACAGUCCCAACCUGAGACUCAUUCUGUUGGCCAAUAGCACUUCGAAUAUCAUUGCUCCGAUUCGUUCCAGAACCCUGCUGGUCAGGGUUGCGGCACCAACGGAAGACCAGAUCUGCACUGUGCUCAGCGCUGCGGGCAAGAGGGAAGGCUGGCCGGAGGCGCCUGGACUCAAUAAGAGGAUAGCGAAGGAGAGUGGACGCAAUCUCCGACGCGCGUUACUCAUGUUCGAAGCUAUCUAUGCUCAAAGUGAGAAGGUGACGGAGAACACUCCGAUCCCACCUCCGGACUGGGAGGUGCUCAUUUCUAUUACGGCUGAUGAGAUUCUGGCUGAGCGGUCGCCAGCUCGACUAUUACAAGUCCGGGCGCGCUUGUACGAUCUCUUGACUCACUGCAUACCGCCGACUACUAUCCUCAAGACCCUCACCUUCAAACUCAUCGCCAAGGUAGACGAUGCGCUGAAGCCCGAAGUGAUUAAAUGGUCCGCAUUCUACGAGCACAGAGUCACACAAGGGAGCAAAGUGAUCUUCCACCUCGAGGCCUUCGUCGCCAAAUUCAUGCGCAUCUAUGAAAGUUACCUAAUGGGCAUGGACUUCUAA